AUGAACAGUGCUAGAACGUUGAAUGCUCGGGAGGCUCUCUCUACGCUCUAUGUCAUGCCAUUUCAAAGAACAUCGAAUGAUACCAUAUUACUACAUUUCAUCUGCGUUAUUGCACAUCAAAUCGUUGACGGUCUGACGACGUUUCGAUGGGCAGGAAAAAUUGCAGAAAUUCUGAACAUGGAUGGCAACGAGCUGGACGAAAUGCUUGGCAACCUUUUCACGAACGAGCACGAAUUGAGAGCUCGAUUACCUCUAGCACAGGAAGCUUUCUACCCACUCAGAUCUCAAAACAAGGCACGGGAAAGAUGGCAUUGGUUGUUGACGAGAGUGUUGCGCCAUGUUAGGCAUCCCCCACCCGCCGCUUUCCAAAAUCCUUUGAGGCGUCAGAAACCAUUGGCGGAAGCUCGACCGUUGCCUCCAACCUAUCGCGAUGUCCUUGACUAUAGCCAAACUCCUCCUCUAAACAGUGGCAGGAUAAGUGGCGACCUCUACGGACGGUCUGUACAAAAUAUGCGCAAGCUUUGUAAAGAAGCUGGGUUCAGUAUUGGUAGUGGACUCUUCACUUUGGUUUCUAUGGCGAUGAUGGAGAUGGAAGAAAGACGGAACCCUGGUGAAUCGCCGAACGGUUCCUGUAUGCUUGCUUUUAGCGAUGGAGUCACCCUACCAUUCUUGCCGCACGACCUCGAUUUCGUUGGCCGCUUCAAGUUGCUCGGUCGUCUGGCACACAGACAGUUACGCCAAUACCAGAAGCGAAAGCGCAGCCUAGAGGAAGAGAUACAUCUUGGUUCCAGGAGUCCCAGUCAGCUCAUACCAGCACUCUUUUGUUCCACCACUGAACGUAUGGAGAAUCGUGCGGAUGCAGAAGCCAAAGCAGGCAUAAAUGUGCAAGGCUCACUUCCAGCUAAAGCUAGUCCGUCUCUAGCAACCUGUGGGAUUAGCUCUGUUGGAGACAUAAGUGUGUUAAUGACCGCCCCAAAGGUCGACCUGAGCAAUCUCGGAGGCAAGGAUCUGGUCGCCGAAUUCAAAGGUAUCUCCAGUCUUGUUAGACCGCGUGAUGGUGAGUUCCUGGUAGGUGCAUAUGGUGAUUCAAAGCACCUUAGCUUCGGCGUAUCCUACGACGCUAAUGCAAUUGAUCCUGCAAAGGCCGAGGAAUGGAAGAUGGUUAUGGAGAGUCUACUUGACAGGGAUCUCUUUGCUGUUACACAAGCGAAGCUCUAA